AUGGCGGCCACGCCAGCCAGUGUCCUCGCCUUUGCAUUUUUCAUCUUCUUCCCUUUUCUCCACGGCGCUGGAGGCGCAUCGGAAGAGGACGACCGCUCCACGCUUUUAGCCUUCAAAGCCGGCGUUUCCGGCGAUCCUAAUGGAGCUCUCGCCGGCUGGGGUGCCUCGUCGGACGUGUGCAACUGGACCGGUGUCGCUUGCGACAUGGUGGCACGGCAUGUCGUGAAGUUGGUACUGAGAAAACAAAAGCUCUCCGGCGAGGUCUCUCCCGCGCUCGGUAACCUCUCGCACCUCAGGAUACUCAACCUCUCGGGCAACUUCUUCGCCGGCAGGAUCCCGCUGGAGCUCGGCAACCUCUCCCGCCUCAAUUCGCUGGACGUGUCGUCGAACAUGCUCGCCGGCACGGUCCCGCCGGAGCUCGGCAACCUCUCGAGCCUCAACUUUCUUGAUCUCUCGGGUAACGGCUUUGGCGGGGCGGUGCCGCCGGAGCUCGGGAAACUCUCCGGACUAAAGCAGCUGAGCCUGGGCGCCAACCAAUUUCAGGGCCCGAUUCCGGUGGAGCUCACACAUACCCGGAACCUGGUAUAUCUCAACCUCGGUGAGAAUAAUCUCUCAGGUCACAUCCCGGCGGCCAUCUUCUGUAACCUCUCCGCCUUGCAGUACAUCGACCUCUCCUCCAAUUCUCUGGACGGCGAGAUACCCAUCCGAGCAGAUUGCCCCCUCCCCGACCUGAACUUCCUUGUCCUGUGGUCCAACAACCUUGUCGGCGGCAUCCCCCGCUCGCUCUCCAACUCGACGAAGCUCCGGUGGCUUCUCUUGGAGUCGAACUUCCUCGCCGGCGAGCUGCCGUCGUCCGAAAUGUUCGGCGGCAUGAAAAGCCUUGAGCUUCUGUACCUGUCGUUCAACUACUUCAAGAGUUCCCAGAACAACACGGACCUCGAGCCGUUCUUCGCCUCGCUUACAAACUGCACCGGCCUGAAGGAGCUCGGUGUAGCCGGGAACGACCUCGCCGGCACGAUUCCGCCGGUCGUUGGCCGGCUCUCCCCGGCACUCACGCAACUCCAUCUGGAAUUCAACAACAUUUUCGGGCAGAUCCCGGCGAACCUCUCCGACCUAGCCAACCUAACCGCCCUCAACCUCUCCCACAACCUCAUCAACGGCUCAAUCCCUCCGGGCAUCGCCGGCAUGCGGCGGCUCGAGCGGCUGUACCUCUCCAACAAUCUGCUCUCCGGCGAGAUCCCGCCGUCGCUUGGCAAUGUCACGCGGCUCGGACUCGUUGAUUUGUCGCAGAACCGGCUCGGCGGCGCGAUCCCGGGCACGCUGUCCGAUCUCACGCAGCUGCGCGUGCUCGCGCUCCAUCACAACGACCUCGCCGGCGCCAUUCCUCCGAGCAUCGCGCGGUGUGCGAACCUCCAAAAUCUCGAUCUCUCCCACAACAUGUUGGGAGGUGAGAUCCCCGCCGACUUGUCCGGGCUGAGUGGCUUGCUCUACCUGAACCUCUCCAGCAACCAGCUGGAAGGCCCAAUCCCGGCGACCAUCAGCAAGAUGACAAUGCUCCAGGUGCUCAAUCUGUCGUCGAACAGGCUCUCCGGCGUGAUCCCACCGCAGCUCGGUACCUGCAUCGCGCUCGAGUACCUCGACGUCUCGCGCAACGCGCUGGGAGGCAGCUUACCGGAGACCGUUGGGUCGCUACCGUUCCUGGAGGUCCUCGACGUAUCCUGUAAUGGCCUCACGGGGCAUCUGCCUCUGUCUUUGGAGACAGCGGCGUCCCUGCGGCGUGUUAAUUUUUCCUACAACGGCUUUUCCGGCGAGGUGCCCAGCGGCGGGGCCUUCCCGGGGUUCCCGGCGGACGCGUUCCUGGGUGAUGCCGGACUGUGCGUGGGGAUGUCGUCGAUGGUGCCUGGCUUGCCUCGGUGCGGCGGCGUGCAGCGAAGAGUGCUCCAUAACCGCCGGGUGGUGGUGCCCGUGGUCGUCACGGUUGCGAGCUUCGCCGUGGCUAUCUUUGGACUCGCCGCGUGCCGGGCCGUGGCGAGAACUGCGAACGUCGGACGAGACGGGCGGCAAUCGACGCUACUCUCGUACGGUGGCGACGAGUGGACGGAGAGGGGAGAUCACCCGAGAAUCUCGCACCGGGAGCUCUCCGACGCGACGGGCGGCUUCCAGCAAUCGAGCCUCAUCGGGGCAGGACGGUUCGGGCGCGUGUACGAGGGGACGCUCCGCGACGGCACGCGGGUCGCCGUCAAGGUGCUCGACCCGAAGACAGGCGGUGGCGAGGUCUCCCGGAGCUUCAAGCGGGAGUGUGAUGUGCUGCGGCGGACGCGGCACCGGAACCUGGUGCGCGUGGUCACCACGUGCAGCCAGCCGGACUUCCACGCGCUCGUGCUCCCGCUGAUGCCCAACGGCAGCCUCGAGAACCGUCUCUACCCUCGCGACGGCAGCGCCGGCCGCGGCAUGGACCUCGCACGUCUGCUCGCCAUCGCCGGCAACGUCGCCGAAGGGCUCGCCUACCUCCACCACUACGCGCCCGUCCGCGUCGUGCACUGCGACCUCAAGCCCAGCAACGUCCUCCUCGACGACGACAUGACGGCCGUCGUGGCUGAUUUCGGCAUCGCGCGGCUGGUCAAGGACGUCGGCGACGACGGCCUCGACAUCACGGGCUCUGCCGAUCCGUGCAACUCCAUUACCGGAUUGUUACAAGGUUCCGUCGGCUACAUUGCGCCAGAGUACGGAUUAGGAGGACAGCCUUCGACAGAAGGCGACGUGUACAGCUUCGGCGUGAUGAUCCUGGAGCUGAUCACAGGGAAGCGGCCGACUGACGUGCUUUUCCAAGAGGGGCUGACGCUGCACGACUGGGUCAGGCGGCACCACCCACACAAUUUCGCCGCCGUGGUCGCGCGGUCAUGGCUGACCGGCAGGGGAUCGCCGGUGGUGCAGGUUGACGAGACGGUGGGGGCGGACGACAUCGUAGCCGAACUGAUCGACCUCGGGCUCGCAUGCACGCAGCACUCGCCGCCGGCGCGGCCGACCAUGGUGGAGGUGUGCCACGAGAUCACCCUCAUCGGGGAGGACCUCGCCAAGCGUGGCUGCGCGGCGCCGUCGGUGGUGAUGACCGUCAGCGAUGGGUCAUGCUCUACCACGGAUUCGUCUUUCUGA